AUGGCGAAGAGUGGUAUUUUUGAAGAGGAUCCGGGAAUGGUGGCUAAGGCCACUGAAUUGAAGAAUGAAUUGCAGAAAAUGGUGAAGGAAAUUGUUGAUGAAGAUGAUAUUAAUGUGGACGCAAUUGAUAGAACCCAGCAAAUUUUGUGUGCCUUAAGAGAAUUGAAAUUAAAGAAACCAAUUUCUUUGGAACUUGAUGAUACCGUGGCAGUGCCAGAGGAGUUUAAGUGCCCAAUCUCAAAGGAACUUAUGAGGGAUCCUGUUAUAAUUUCCACCGGUCAGACUUAUGAUAGACCCUUCAUUGAGACUCGUUUAAAUGCUGGGAAUAGGCUGUGCCCGAAGACACAGCAUGUAAUCUCACAUACUUUUCUUACACCGAACAACUUGAUUAGAGAAAUGAUAUUGGCCUGGUGCAAGAAUCAUGGAAUUAAAUUGCCGGACUGUGUUCAGCGUUCCAAUUAUGAUGGAUUAACGAAAGCUGAUCGAGACCAUUUUAUUACUUUGCUGGAGAAUAUGUCCAAAAAGCUCUCUGCUCAAAGGGAUGCAGCAAAAGAAUUGCGGGAAUUGACAAAAAGCAUGCCGUCGUUCCGAGCACUUUUUGGUGAAUGUCCUAAUGCCAUACCUCAGUUGCUGUUCCCCUUCUCUCAAAAGUCUUCAAGUGAAAUUCUAUUGAGCCUCCAAGAAGAUUUAAUCACAACACUUUUGAAUAUUUCCAUUCAGGAUGCUAAUAAGAAGCUCGUUGCAGAAGAACCAAUGGUUAUUCCUCUUCUUAUGGAUGCAUUAAGAACAGGAACAACAGCAACAAUGGGCAACGGAGCUGCAGCCCUUUUCUCGUUGUCAGCUCUUGAUUCAAAUAAGGAGCGCAUUGGUAAAUCUGGUGCAUUGAAACCUCUCAUUGAUCUAUUAGACGAUGGGCAUCCACUAGUUAUAAAAGAUGUUGCUUCUGCUAUUUUUAAUCUAUGUAUUAACCACGAGAAUAAAGUGAGAGCUGUUAGAGAUGGUGCAGUGGGAGUGAUACUGAAAAAGAUAGUGAGAAGGAUACUUGUUGACGAGUUGUUAUCUAUUCUUGCCAUGCUUUCAAGCAUUCAAAAGGCAGUCGAGGAAAUGGGAGAGCUCAAGGCAGUUCCAUGCUUGCUGUGUAUAAUUAGAGAGAUCGCCUGUGCUCGUAGCAAGGAGAAUUGCAUAGCAAUCCUUUAUACUAUAUGUUUUAGGGAUCCAACUAAGUGGAAGGAGAUAAGGAACGAGGAAAGCACCUACCAUACAAUCUCUCAGCUUGCUCAAAAUGGGACGUCCAGAGCCAAGAGAAAGGCCGGUGUAAUUCUUGAAAGACUGAAUCGGGCUGUCAAUCUUACCCAUACUGCAUGA